AAAAAGAGAGACUUUUUAUUUUUUAUUUUUCCUUAUUUCGUGUUUUUGUUUCUUUCAUACUCCUUGUCUUUUUGCAUUUUUUCCUCCUCUUUUUUUUCUUUCUUUUUGAAUUACUUUUUCUUUCUUUUUUGAUUUUGUUGAUUGGGGAAAAUUUUUUGAAUUGAGUCACGGCAAUUAGUUUAUCCUUCUGACACGAUGACGGUCAAGUCGCCUUACUACAAUAAACCCUCGACUUCCACGAGCGUUGAUUCAUGUCACAAAUGCCCGUUAAUAAACGUCAGUUGCCAACCAGUCAAUUCCGCCUUGCCGGUUGCAAACGAUAUGAAUUUACAACUCUCUCCUCAAGUCCAACGUCCCAACGCUGGCUUCGAAUCCAUGCAAAUUAUCACGCCUUCUAACGACAGCUCCAUGAUUGUUGAACCGUGCAGCUCCAGUGCUGCGACCUCGGAUAUUAGAAGUGGAUCGUGUAUUUCCUGUUCGAACUGUGGUAUUCAAACCACCCCUCUCUGGCGACGAUCUCCUCAAGGUCAAACCAUCUGCAAUGCCUGCGGCUUAUAUUUGAAAGCCCGCAAUACUACCCGACCUCGUUUUCUCAAGUGCCGAAGCACCAAGCGACGUACUACCCCACCCAAAUUGCUUGCACCUGCACUUCCCUACCCUCCUACCACUGCAUCAAUAAUUCGUCCUCCUUCAUCAUCAUCCUCUCCAAGCAUACCAACCACUCACGCGUCUUAUACCCCAACAACGGUGAUCGCCGCAGUACCUGAAUCGUCGUCGACGGCCCCCACCCCAACCAUCCCACGUUCCCAAAGUUCCCCCGACCGACAUCGUACGACAAUCCCAACGGAAACGAAUACAUCAGCCGCGGCCUCGAACUUGUCGGCCACCUCAACCAUUCCAACGGACCCAGCGCCGUCGGUUACCACCACCAACCCUACCACCAAUGACACGUUACGUUCAUCUGCAUUGCGAUGUUUUAAUUGUCACACCCACACCACCCCUUUAUGGAGACGGGACGAACAGGGCCACGUAAUCUGUAAUGCAUGUGGUUUGUAUUUCAAAUUACACGGUAUCCAUCGUCCAGUGAGCAUGAAACGUUCGACCAUUCAACGACGAAAACGGGUCACGACCUCGUGGAUCAGUGUACGUCGAUCCGACUUGUCUCUGUCGUCGUCUUCGUCGUCGUUGUGUCCGCGGCAUGAAUCUAUUUCUGGACACAAACCUUUACUAGAAAAACGAGACGCUCCCCAGCUCCACAUGACGACAAUGUUACCAAGACUUUGCGAUAAUGGUGAUGCGAAACCCGCCACGACGACGACAGAGCCCACCAUCACCACCAGCGGUUCAGACGGUAGUACUAAUGACGAAACCGACAAGCAAUCCGAGGUUCCAUCGCCGACGCCAUCGCCAUCGAAUACUGCGACAUCCAACACUGCGAUACCGAACACUGGUCCAACCAAGGCGAGCAUUGCUUGCCUACUCAACCCCGCUCACCAUGACGAGACCCCGGUUUCGAGAGAACCAUUGAAUCAUGUUCCACUUUCGGAUUCAUCUUCAGCCAAAGCGGCUGCGGCUGCAUUUGCCGCCAUGUCCGCCAUUUUAAAUCCCUCAGUCAAUCGUCAACAUACGCAUCAAAUGCUGGCAGCUCAUCGCCAUGAGUUGCAGCGGGAGGUAUCUAAUCUUACCCAUUUAUUGAGUCAUACUACGGCCAUGCUUCAGAAUUUGGAUGAUGUGAUGGAAACCAUCCAUCCUUCCGUGGAACCUGGCGUAGCCAAUGCAUUAGCGUCCCUUUUACAGCUCUCUAGCACGCGAUUUAGUUCAGAAACUCAUGUCUCCGUGUAAUAUUUUUUUUUUGGCGUUAAAUUUUUUUUUUUCUUGGUCUUCGGGUUCGGACUGAACUCAAUGUCUAAAAUUACAUCACGCCCUUUUGCCUUCCGCGGAAGCCCAAUUUGCUUGUGGGAAAUUUUCAGAAAUUGUGGGGAAAUAAGAGCCGCCCGCCAAUCAGCAUAGGGACUUGUAAACGCGGGGAAUGCGG